AUGAAUUUCGAGAUCGAAUCACCAUUUUCUUUUCAAUCUUCCUCUCUCAUAUGUACACCACCUAAAAACCCUAACCUAGUUUCAGAAACAUCACAAUUUGUCUCACACAAAAGGAAAGGGGGAAGAAAGAAGUUCAAGGAGACUCGACACCCUAUUUAUAGGGGUGUCCGACAAAGGAAGGGAAAAUGGGUGUGUGAACUUAGGGAACCAAAGAAGACAUCAAGGAUUUGGUUAGGGACAUACCCUACACCCGAAAUGGCAGCUAGGGCACACGAUGUGGGUGCCCUAGUAAUUAGGGGCACCUCAGCCAUAUUAAACUUUCCAAAUUCACUUUCUUUUCUUCCAAUUGUUAACUCAUCUUCUUCACAUAAAGAUAUUCGAGCAGCUGCAGCAGAAGCUGCUGAGAGUUUUAGACCUAUAACCUCUUUUAACCAAAAGAUCGGUCGCAAAACUAAAUGUAAGAGAUUUACAAAGGUUUCAUCAAUAGAAGAGAAAAAGAAGAAAACAGUUGGCACAGAGAAAAGCAUUGAGGAUUUGUCUUCAACUCAUGUGUUCUUUGAUGAAGAGGCUUUCUUUAACAUGCCAAGUCUCUUGGAUAGAAUGGCAGAGAGUUUGGGUGUUUUUCCACUACCAUAUCAGGAUUAUUUGGAUGAUUAUGCUUAUUGCAUGGACUUUAAUUUAUGGACGGAUUAA